AUGGAAGGCCGUGGCAGGCCAAGCUACUUCAACAUCGGUGAUGUGCCAGGUGAGCCUGGUAUGAUCCGAAGGAAUAGUAGGUCAGACGCUGCGCCGCCUUACCAGAGGCCGAGAGCAAGCAGUGUGCCUCGGGGUGCUGCCUUUAGUCCGGUGUCGAACUUGUCGGCUCUGGAACGGGGUAUGCAUCCAACCGGAAGCCCGGUGGUGGGAAGCCCAGCUGGCUCGCCGAACCCUCUUGGAGGUGUGUUGCCACCGCCACCAGGUUUGCCAGAGUUUGGUGGAGUUUCGCCAGUGAAUGCACCAUCACCGCCCACCGUGGAGACGUUUCUGUACCAGACGGUGCAGCAGCAGCAGCAGCAAGUUGCCCAGCUUACGUCUCUAGUUCAGGCUCUUGUGAGCAGGGAAGUGCCUGCGCCACCUACUGCGAGAGGCAAGGGCCACGGUGGAGAGCUUAGCUCCAUCUCCGAUUCGUCGGGGAAAAUGGAGGUUGAUGAGGGAGGUGCUCCCAUCAGGAAUCCCAAAGCUGAAGCUUAUGUUCCUAAGCUGCCUGCAAUUGAUGGUGGAAAGAUGAGCAAAGGCCGUCGCUCGGAGAUCGAAGGAUGGGCUGAGUUCCUGGAGCAAUUCCUGCCGUGGAUUGCUCUCUUUGAUGAUAGGAUCCCGGAAGAGCUUCAUCGAUCGAUUGCUUCUGAGGUCACCAUCAAGCAGUCAUCGCUUGAAAAGGGACAGAGCGUGCGUUCAACUAGGACCUUCUUGUACCUGAAGCAAGCGUUGCAAGGGUUUGCUCGUGGGCUUGACUUGGUUAAGCAAGUAGAGAAGGAGCAGCUUGGCUCCCCAGCUGGGUACGAGUGCAUAAGGAGGUUGCAUCAGGAGUUGUCUGUUGCGAGCCGCAUCGAGGCUUCGACGCUUCGGAAUGAGGCCCUGCAGUACCGCGCGAGCACUCCUGCCAAUCGUCCACUUGACAUGUUUCGGAACAUCCAGUUGGAGCUUGCCAAGUUUACCCGCUUGACCGCAGGGUUCCCAGAUCUUGCGUUUAGUGAGGCAGACCGUUGCAUGAUUGUUUUGAGAAAUCUUGAUGUUGAAGUGAAGAAGUAUGUUCUUUUGCAUGCUAGGGUUGACUCCAUGGAUCAGCUUGAGACUGCUUUGAAGUUUUAUGAUGCCAACCUUAAGAUCCUGAAUUUCCAAGAGAAGGAAGGAAAGGGAGCAGCAAAGGAUCACGCGAAUGCUUUGACCUUCGGAGACAAGGGAAAGGGCAAGAAGGGUGACAAAGGAAAGGAAGAAAAAGGAAAAGGAAAGGACAAAGGAAAGGACAACAAGAAAGGGAAUGAGAAAGGAAAGGAAGAGAAAGGGAAAGGUGGAAAGGACAAAGGCAAGGACAAGGGGAAGACUGCAGCCGCAAAGGACGGCAAGCAAGGUUCUGGAAAUGACAAGGAGAAGGAGAAGGAGAAAGCAGAGCGCUUGAAGAACGUCGCGGCUGCCUCUUUGGAGCCUCAGAUUUUCGCAGCUGCGGUUGAUCUGAGUUGUCCGGUUGUUGAGCUUGAUGAGGAUGAUUGCUCGGAUUUUUCCCAGGAGGAUUGGGAGGAGUUUGUUGCAUCUUAUGAGUGUGCUUGGUCGGAGCCUGUUGUGCUUGAAGGCGGUGAGCCUGUUGCGCUUGAGGGUUCCAUGUUGCAUGUUGCGCUUGACCAUUUUCCUUGUGACAACCCAAACAGAGCCACAGUUGAGCUUGCAGAGUCCCGCGGUGUCCCAAACAGAACCACAGUCGAGCUUGCAGAGUCCCACCAGGUCCCAGACAGAACCACAGUCGAGCUUGCAGAGUCCCCAGAGUUGAGCUUGGAAGCAGGUCGUUUUGUUGCAGAUUUUCAAAAUGUCGUUGAGCAUGGCAUGUUGCAUGUGGUAGGUAGAUCUGACCAUGGCAUGGUAGCACACGAGACAGCAGCAGCCAGCCAGCAGCAUGACACCAUGGAUUGGUGGCUCGUUGACUCCGGCGCGUCGGCCCACAUCAUCAACGAGGACACUUUGAGCCGGGUGCACGUUGUGAGCCACAGUGAGUCUGCCAGUGAGUGUGUUUCUGCAACGGGUGACAGCAUUGGAGUUCGGAGGUCUGCGGUUGUCAGGGUUCCAUUCGUUUUGGUUUCGGGCGAGACGGUGGUAACAGAACUCCAAGUGCUUGUUGCUCCUGUGAAGUUUAACCUGCUGUCCUUAGGGCGUUUGCUGGGCAAGAGCUGGGUUGUGGAUUUCCUGCCAAGUUUUAAAGUUGAGGCCGCUGGGUACGUUCUUCGCACGAGAUGGGUCUCCAAUUGCGGAUGGGUUUUCUCGAGUGCUGUUGAGCUUGACCUUUCCGUUGCAGUUGCCGCCCGAGCGAGCUUGAAGCGUAGUGACGGCUGUGAGUCCUCCUCCGACUCGGAGCAGGAGUGGCGCCUUUCGGGUCGCCGCCACCUGGCGGAGCAGCACGCGGCGACUGUUACGAGGACUCACGAGGAUUUCGAGGGAUCCACGAUCGCCUUUACGGCAACCUCGAUGGUGGGUCUUACGCCGGGCCAGAACCUGCUUUUGGUGCCAGCCGCGGAAGUGAAGAAGAAGACGGCAGAGCAGGCAAAGGCAGCUGCGAAAGCAGCGGCGGAGAAGUUCGUGAAGGAGCGCCAGGAGAGCGCCCAGUGGGCCAAGGAAGCAGAGGAAGCAAAGAAGAAGAGAGCCGCCAAGGCCGAGGCAAAGAAGAAAGCAGCCACAGAGGCCGAGGAGGCAGAGAAGAAAGCAGCCACAGAGGCCGCGGAGACAGAGAAGAAAGCAGCCACAGAGGCCACGGAGGCAGAGAAGAAGGCAGCCACAGAGGCCGUGGAAGCAGAGAAGAAGGCAGCCACAGAGGCCAAGAAGAGGGUCGCCGAAGCGAUCGGGGUCCCAGAGGUCAAGAAGCCCAAGGGCAGUGUGGCCAGAGCAAAGGCGGAGCCGUCUUCGGGGUCAAAGGACCCACCACAGCCACUGGUGAAGAGGCAGCCCAAGCCGCCCGUGGUGAAGGCAAUGCCAGCCAAGGUCCGGAAGAUCGUCUUGAAGAGCCGGGCCCAGCGCGGGAUUCCCGGGCAGACGGAGACUGCGCUGAGAAUGCUUUCGCAGCGAGCCAAGGAAAAGAAGAAGCAGGGCUACCUCAUGAAGGCCAUCAACAACGCCAUGAAGAAGAAGGCCGAGGAGCACAAGGGGCCUCCGGUGCGGAGGACAUUGGAAAGACAUGUCAAGGACCACUUCGCGCAAAUCAAAGGCCUGGAAGUUCCUUUCGUGGAGGUCACGGUUUCAGAAGUCAUCAAGGAACCCCCAGGACCACCAGGAUCGCCAAUGGUACCGCAACCGAGAACACCACCAGCACGAGCCAAGGUGGAGGCCGCGCGUGCAGUGAGGGUGCCACAGCUGAAGGUGGAAGGAGGCUUGGAGAUCAAUCCCCCACCACCGGUACCGCCGCGGAGGAGGCUUCCCACGCCACCGAGAGACCCGAGGUCAGCCGGACGAGGGGCCUCUGCGCCCUCAGAGUGGUCACCUGUGUCCAGUCUGCCGCCAUGGUCACCAGUGUCCAGUGUGCCGGUGGAUGCAAGGGCCAGGGAAACCCCAGCCGAGACGAGAGCCGAGGAGCCCCCAGCAGAGAGGAGAGCCGAGGAGCUUCACAUCGGGGACGACGGCAAGAUCUACAACUCGCGGGGCGAGGUGGUGGAGCUCGAGAGCAUCGAGAUAGACCGACCACAGCGUGACCGGAGCGAGGAGAGUUGGGGUAAGCUAGAGCGAGAACAUGUUCUUAGAUCGCAUGUGCCGUACAAUGAUCGGCCCCAGGACCCAGGGAUGAGAGAGGUGCAGAUAGAUAAGUUUUUCUACAAGGGCCUCGCCUUCCUGGUGUUGGUUUUGGUGGGUGCUUUUGCCCUCGGUGUGGUUCCGUAUCGUGAGGUGAGCGGAUCCCGAGGCCCAGCAGCCAAGGAAGCCAUGUUGAGUGACAUGUCGGCAUGGAGUCGUAGCGUUGGCUUGGUUGGUGUUGCUCCCAGUGAGUUGACGGUGAGUGUGAAGUCGGACAUUGAGGGUGUUGUGAAGAACCUUGCGCAAAGUUUUGCUGAUGGUUUGACCGCUGGUGCCAUCGAGGUUGUGGAUGCCCCUGUUGGUCGGCAUGCUGUUGUUGCAGAGCGUGCUGUGAGGACCAUCAAGGAAGGUGCAAACACACUUUGUGCUGGGUUGGAACAGGUCGGCUUGGAGCCCUGCGGGAAGGGUGUCACGUAUCUUUUGAUGCACGUUGCCCAGGUCUACAACCGGUACCAGGUGCAUCCUGGAUCAGCGCUGUCCCCAGAACAGCGGUGCUUGAAGACCACCCGUGGACCGCAUGCCGCCUAUGUUUGGGGGGCUGCUGUGCUUGCCACUCCUCCUCCCUCUUUGCGUGAUAAAAUCACCGGCCGUUACGGCCACGCCGCCUACCUUGGACCAGAGGUCGGAAGUGGAAGCCACAUUGUGCAGUUUAGGCUGCGGGAUGGCACUUUGAAGAUUGCGAGAAGCGCAAGAAUCCGGAUGUUGGUUCCUCUCACUUUUGAGGUGUCGAGCUUGAAAGGUGUUUGCCGCAUGUUGCCCGGAAGAAAGGAUGAUUCCCAGAAGAAGCUCCCAGAGAGCAGUGGUGACAAUGUGCGCGACCUCCCGUUGCCGAACACCGCAACCCGAGGACCACCACCAGAGUGGAUUGAAGAAAACGGGAGAACCCCAAGGUGCCGAGCUUGCCGGCUGCGCGGUUUUCCAGCAGAUAAGGCCUGGCACACCCAGAAGUGCCGUGAUCGAUACGCUGAGUUUGUGAGAAACUCUUUCGAUCCCAGCCGGGCAAUCCUCGAUCAAGCCCCAAUUGAAGAAGAAGUGACCGGGCGUGAUGAUUUGGGUGCUGGAUUUGGUGUUGAUCUUGGGCUUGAGGUGCCGGAUGAUCUUGAUCCGUUCCCGAAUUUUCCGUUGGAUGAGGAUUUGGCUGAGUAUGAGCCCAGUCUGCCUGGAGUUGAGAAUGAAGUAGAGCUUGGAGAAGAACUCGAGCAGAUCGAGGCCCCGAGCCCAGGCGAGCUUGAUUUUAUGCAAGUUGAUCCUGAACCUCUUGAGGCACUCCCUGAAGAAGAGCGGGAGGCCAUGGUGUCCAGUGUGAUGUACCGAGAGUCCAUCUCCUUUGCUGGUGCGUCGGUUUGUUUUGCGGGAGCCGCCACCAAGGUUGACUUAAACUGGGUGAAUGUGCUUACUGUGAGUGAGCGUGAUGAUGGUGCCAGUGCACAGACCUUGCUUGAGCUCAAAGCCAUCUUUGCUGAGCAGAUCAAGAAGAAGGGUUUUGUAUUCUUGUGGGCUAGUACCCCGUGCACAGGAGGCUGCCCGUAUCAGAGGCUUCGUGCCCGUGAUCCAGCUUAUCGCCGAGGGCGGUUGGCUCAGCACUGGAGGCUUCACCGGAAGCUCUGGAGAAGUUUGGUCGAGCUUACUAGCUUUGUGCAUGCUUGGGCCAUUGAGUGGCCGCGUGCUUGUGCUUACUGGUCUUGGCGCCAGACUGAGCAUUUUCUUUCCUCACGCCCCUACGUUUUGCACGACGUUCCAGUUGAUGGUUGUGCGCUUGAUAUGCGGGGUCGCGAUCAUCUGCUGAUCGCCAAGCGAUGGCGUGUUGUUACCACACACCCAGCAGUCGCUGAGAGCAUUCGUGUCUAUCGUUGCUCUGGGAAGCAUGAGCACUCGAAGGACUUCGACCUCAAGAGUACACAGCACUACCCGGUAGAGCUUGUAAAGUCCUUCUUCGAAGCGUUGCGCUCUUGA